AUAAAUAUCGCACGACUUUCUUCUAUUUUUUCUACGGAAAAGAAGGGAAAAUGGCCGAUGAAUUGGCGCUAGAUUUGGAGGAGCUAAGGCAGCUACAGAAAUUAGCUAAGAGGCCAAGAGUCCUCUCGCUCAUCUCAUCUGAGAUAUACAACUGGGAGAAGUUGCUGAAGGAGCCUGUUUCUGUGCCUGUUCCAAUUCCAACUCCAACUCCAAUUGCAACUGGGGUUAACGUGCCUUCUACUUCUGCACUGAAUUAUGUUACGCUUGGAUCUUUCAGUUGGGAUCAGGACGAUGACAAAGUCAAGAUAUAUGUCUCUCUAGAGGGUGUUGAGCAAGAAAAAAUUGAGACAGACUUCAAGCCAAUGUCAUUUGAUGUCAAAUUCCAUAAUGUCCAAGGAAAGAACUAUCGAUGCGCCAUACCAAAAUUGAACAACAAGAUUGUACCAGAGCAAUGUAAAGUGUUAGUUAAACCUACCAGGGUCAUCAUCACUUUGUUUAAAGCUUCAAAGGGAAACUGGUUAGACUUGCACUUUAAAGAGGACAAGCUGAAGCCAAAUCUGGAUAAGGAGCAAGAUCCUAUGGCUGGAAUUAUGGACAUAAUGAAGAACAUGUAUGAAGAAGGGGAUGAUGAAACAAAACGAAACAUUGCAAAAGCAUGGAGUGAUGCAAGAUCAGGCAAAGCAGCUGAUCCACGAAGUGUUGCAAAAGCAUUAAGCAAGGAGUGAUGCAAGAUCAGGCAAAGCAGCUGAUCCUUUGCAGGGCUAUCGCUAACCAAAUUGGAAUUCAUCUAAAAUCUGGAUCUUUUGGUUGUUGCGCUAAUAUCAAAUAUGAUGUAAUAAAGUUUUUCAGCUUGCAGAGAGAUCGUCUGCGAUGCUUCUUCCCUAGAACGUCUUGGAUUAUAGAUUGCCAUUUUAACUUUCAUAUCUCUAAUCAGCAUGGCUUGUAUA